AUGGCCGCGUCCAGGAGAGCAGCGGCUUUGCUGUGGCUGGCGGUGGCGAUUGCCGCGGCCCUGGCGGCGGAGAAGAGCCGGGCGGAGCAGCUGGGGUGCUUCUGCGACUGCGUGAAGAACCGGUGCAUGACCCUCGGCGCGGGCGCAGACAAGUUCGACUGCGCGGCCGCCUGCACCGGGGGCUGCACGCAGAUCGGCCAGCCGGGCCAGCCCAGGGCCGACGACUUUUGCGGUUUCUGA